GCGUGGUGUGGGCUUUACCGGCUCUAGCAGCAGACACAAUGAAAUGAGGGGCAAUGUAGGAUACCACGUUGGGGCUUGAAACGGAGACACGCUGGUAGUUUAUUUUUUAACUUCUUUUUUGGACCUUUUAUCUUUAGUUUUAUUUAUUUCGUUUGAAUUGAUCAUAGAUAGCGAGAGCAGAGGCCGCUCAUCGAGCUGAACAUCUUUGGAGAAGAACUGAACGGGCUCAGGAAACGAGGCACCCCAUCAUAACUUUUGCUUUGUCGUUAAACACAGUCGCGAAAUAAUGUCUGUCGCCUACUCGGAUUAUUUUGCCGCCGAGUGUUUGGUGUCGAUAUCCAGCGGUCCCGUCCUCCACAGACCCACCCCGGUGUCUGGUGCGGCUCAGGCCCCUGCUCGGGGCCUUCCUCCCGGGGAGCCGGACGGGUCGAGCGAGGACAGGGAGGUGCGGGAGACGCUCCAGUUAGAGGGGGCCAACAUGAUGACGGUGGCGGAGAUCCUCACGGACCUGCACGGCAAGUUUCGUCCUAUGUCGGCCUACUCCGAGAGCAGCAACUCGUCGUGCGGAGAAAGCGGUUACACCACGUUGUCUGACUCCACCACCCCGACGCCGACCAUGACCCCCUCUGCCACCCCUGUCCCGGGACAGUACAAUAACACCCCCCAGCAGGCUUGGGGAGGAGGGGGCGCACCCCGGUCGCCCACCAAGCGUCACCCCUGUACUUUUGACGGAUGUGACAGGGUGUACGGAAAAUCAUCCCACCUGAAAGCGCACAUCAGAACACACACAGGCGAGAGGCCCUUUCCGUGCACCUGGCCCGACUGUGAAAAGAAGUUUGCCCGUUCUGACGAGUUGGCCCGGCACCUUCGUACCCACACCGGCGAGAAACGCUUCCUGUGCCCACUCUGCGACAAGCGCUUCAUGCGCAGUGACCACCUCAUCAAGCACGCCCGUCGGCACCCCAACUUCCACCCCUCCUUGAUCAACCGGAAGGGCCCGGCUCAGGGAUCUGCCUCAACCCCGCCAGCUGUUGCCUCAGAGUACGCCAGCACUGCCUUGUAGACACCCCCACUGCCUCAGCACCCAUCUCCGGGACCUCAUCAUAUCCUUGCCCUCUGCAAUAUGACCACCAUCUCGGCUUGAUUUGAUCACCGUGCAUGCUGGGAUCCUUUUAAGCUCAGUCCUCACUUCCACAGGCCAAAAAUGUAGAACUUCACCACGUCUUCCUCCGAACCCCUUCGCCCAACUAGAGAUGACCAAAAUGGGCAAAGGAUACACAAAAUGCUCGAGCACAUUCCCCUACAAAGAGCCUGAGUCAUGUGUUUUAUAUUAUAUAUCGUGACUGAUAAGUGAUGCAGAAUACAACAUUGGCCUUAAAUUGUGCCAGCUUUUGGUGGAAUAUAUUGUAAGCUUUUCGUUUAUGGUGAUCUAGGCAGAAAUAUGUAAAAUAACAGUAAAACAGAAUUUUUUUUAAUGCAUCCUGACAAAAUUACCGCCAGUGUUAGCACAAUGUUUUCUAACAAACAUUUUGUUGUUAUCUUUCAUCUAGUUAUAUCGCUUGUCAGCCAUGUUUAAGAACUUCCAAAAGGAUGCAUCAUGGUUUAAGGGAAAGUUUUCCUGUUUAACAGCAUUUUUUUUUUUUUUUUUUUACAGUUGAUUCAUCUAUCAAAAAUUUAGCACAACCUUUUAGUCUUGUCUUUUUGAAUAGCCAGAGUACGUCAGAAUAGCAAACCCUCUCUGGUGCUGUUGUUUUGCUUGUCCAUUCGUGCUGUAUGAUACAAUAACCAGAAUGAAUUGUAUAAUUAUUGCGAAGCAUUUUUGUAUUACUCACAAUGUUGUCACAUGCAGCGACAUUGUGCGUUCUCAAAAGGUUUGGUACACAUUCAGUUAAACCAAUGAGGUUUAAAGGGAUAGUUCACCAAAAAAUGAAAUUUCUCUCAUCAUUUACUCACCCUCAUGCCAUCCCAGAUGUGUAUAACUUUCUUUCUUCUGCUUAACGCAAAUGAAGAUUUUUAGAAGAAUAUUUCAGCUCUGUAGGUCCAUACAAUGCAAGUGAGUGGUGAUCAGACUUUUGUAGCUCCAAAAACCAAAUAAAGGAAACAGAAGUAAUCCAUAAAACUCCAGUGGUUAAAUCCAUCUCUUCAGAAGGGAUAUAAUAGGUGUGGGUGAGAAACAGAUCUAAUUUAAGUCCUUUUGUCUUUACUCUAAAUCUCCAUUUUCACUUUUACAUCUGAAAGUCACAUGCCUGUUUAGUUUCACUUUCACUUCUGAAAGUUAAAGUGGAGUUUUAGAGUAAAAUGGUUAAUCGUAAUAAGUAAUUGUCAUUUUUUUGCUUAUUUCCUUGUGUUUUCUAUUAGCAUCAGCAUGGCAUCUGAAAUAUUUGGUUUUAAUUAUUAUUAGACCAUGUAUCUAUUAUUAUUGUUUUCCGCUUGGAGGAACUCGUUUGUUCAUGUAAUGUUGACAUGUUUGUACAUGUAGCAAUGUCUAAUAGUAAUGUGGAUACGUGUAGAUAAAUAUCUAUGCCUGCCGCUUCAAUGGAAAAGAUGUUAUUAUAUGAACUACUAGAAGUAAUACUUAUACACCUUAUAUUAGGGGUGACAGUACUCGCUUGAAUAGAAUAGUUCUGCUUGUGUGCGAGUGUUUGUGUGUAUGUAUAUUCAUGCGGGAGAGGAGGGGAAGCUAUCUCUCUCUUUUUCUCCAAACUGUCACGCCUGCGGAGUGAACCUCUUACAACUAUCUCAGAGAACAAAAAAUACAUCAGGAAACUCAAAGCCUUAAAAUCCUUUGAUUGUUUUGCACCAUUGUUUACUGUUUUAUAUUUUCUACAGGUGUGCCAUCAGGCACGGAUUCUCUCAACUAAAGAAAUACACAUGCAAUAUUGCACUUUUUCUUACUGGUAUUGUCAAUGAAAUACAAUUCAUGCUAGUGUGAUGGGUUACACUGUGGAGAUGCUACUGCAUAGUGCUUCUACAAUACUGUGGAAGGGGACCUAUCACAAUAAAUUGAUACAAUAGUCUAAGUAUGCACCUUUGUCCGAGUGCUUCAACCAGUGUGAGAACAGACAAAAGCAAAGUGGACUUGGAUUUUCGUGGACUUUUCAGUUUCGUCUGUAAUGACCGGUUUAAUGUUAGACUCUCACAGUUAUUUCAGUUACGGAUACAAAAGCUCUGCCUUGCAAAUGUGUUGUUUAUGUCAUUUGUCUUGUGUCUUCCCUUUCUAAAAUACAGAUAGUUUUUUGUAUUAGUUUAUGAUACAUUUAGUCUGAAAAUUGUUUUGUCUAUGCUAUUCAUGCAAUAUCCAUAGUGCUUUAGGUAGCUGCUGGCAGUUAUCUGAAGUGCGAUGAUCAACUCUGCAUUCUCAGCUACAAUUACAGAACCAAACUAGUAUCUAAAACUAUGUAUUCGUUCUGUAACAAAUUAAAUUAUGUAUUUGUUAAAUGCUUUGUAUGUUUGGGCAUUAUCUAAAAGGUUUUUCUUUUCAAAGGCCUUCUAAAGAGCUGUUUCCCUGUCGUCUCGAAUCAGAUGCGUGGUUUGAGUUGUCUGUGGAUCUGUUGUACUGCAUUUGGCUGAUGCACUAUGACAUCAAUGGUACACUGUGUUAGGCUGCAGUGGGCUUUGUAUCUGAUACUAAACAGUCUUUUGAUUUUCAAUUACAAUGUCCUCUUUUAGCAGUCCGGAUCCAACUGAUAUCCUCCCAUUAUACCAAACACCUUUGCAGCUAGUGCUCUGGACAGGCGAUGCUAUCACAAACCACUGGAUCAAAUCUGAUUUGUUUGUAUUUGUGUUUUGUGGUCUUUAAGUUCAAUUAUUAACUUUUCUAUUGUUUGGUUUGUUGUACUGGAAAGUCAUGUUUCUUAUGCUUUGAAUUACUGCUCUGUUUAUGUACUAUAGAUGUCUAUAAAGUAUGCAGUCUUCUAGAUAGAGUUUAGGAUGGAGCCCAGAUAUCUGUUAUAGCUUAGCAAUCAUAUAGAGAAGAAAACUAGUAUUCUAUAGUUCCUCUGGGAGAAAUGCUGCAUCAUUUGCUGUGUUUGAGGCAUCGUGUCUCUGUAUAUCAAAUUCAAGUGAACUGAGACGCGUGUGAGUGUUGUUGCUUUUACUCAUGCCACUAGAUCGAGAAUUUAGAGGACCGACUGUAUUUUAAGAACUGCUUUGUUGCUUGGCGUACAAUCUAGACCUUGUCCAUCCUUAAGUUUUCUCACACUAACCUGAUUAUGCACUGAUUGGCAUAUUGUCUAUGGUAAUCACACUAAAAGGACGUCUGAUGAGAUCUGUUCUAGGUCUCAAGCUAUCUAUAGCCAUGUCUUCUAUCAGUAGGCCAGCGGGUUUUGUCAAGACAAAAGUUUCUGUGUAUCCUCCUCAGGUGAUAAAACUUGAUGCUGAAGACCUCUGUCCUUCAUGAGUAGGACGUAAUGUUAAGCAUUCUUUUCAUUUGCUUUGUUUUGCAUUAUUCUGCAAAUUUGUAUUUAUUACAUGCUUUUGUUUCGGUGUGCUUUAAGAUUAUUAUUAUUUUAUUUUUUUUUCAAUACUUAUGUUAUGAGACUUGACUAAUCAUUUGAUUUGAUUAAUUGAUCAUUGUUUGCUUCCAACAAAAACCCUCCAGUGCUUUUUAAAUAAUAAAUAAACGGAUGAAGAGUUGUUUGGUGUUUGGGUGUUUUUUGCUUAUAUUUGAAAACACU